UCUUAUCCCCUCUAGUGUGCGCUUUGGCCCGUUGCAAAACCCUGACGCCCUUAGAUCCACGCGCUUCUCCGCCGGCACUCAUCCGACUCCCAGCGCGGGGCGCUAUCACCACCCACUACUGGCCCUCGCAUCCUUAGUUUUGGAAAAUUUCACCUCAACCACUCUCCCAGCCCCACCGUGCCCGUGUGUGAGCAGCGCCUCUGCUCUCGAAUUGACGUCUUGCGGCCCGGCCCUCAGUCACCCACUCGGCUGUCGUCAUCCCGCGCUGCUGCAACACCAAACCCACCUCGACAGGGCCAACCGCAAAAGCGCGCGCAAGCCCGCCGAGUUCUGCAGGCUUCAGCUGUUGAGUGCGCGCGCAAGCCAGACAACGGCGCCCGCCUAUAGCGACGACGAGAUCGCGGGGAUCGAAGACUGAUCGAACAUGGCUAAGCCCGUCGAGCCCGAGCCGACCGACGACAGGUCCGAAGCGAGCAUCAUGGGGCUCCCCGAUGCCGGCGAUAUGCUCGACACGUCCACCUUCGAGCAGAUCCUCGAGAUGGACGAUGACGAGGAGGAGAGAGAGUUUUCGAAGUCGAUAGUGUUCGACUUCUUCACCCAGGCCGACAACACGUUCAGCAAGAUGGACUCAAAUAUCGCCAAAAAGGACCUUGCGCAGCUAUCCGCGCUCGGCCACUUCCUCAAGGGCUCGUCGGCGACGCUUGGCUUGACUAAAGUCAAAGACUCGUGUGAGAAGAUUCAACACUUCGGCGCUGGCAAAGACGAGACUGGCACCCACGACCUGUCCGACGAAGUCUGCCUCGAAAAGCUCAAGGUGACGGUUGAGCAGGCGAAGCAGGAGUUCAAGGACGUAGAGAAGGUGCUAAAGAAAUUCUACCAUGACGAGUCAUAGGAGCCGCGAGGCUCUGGCGAAAGUGCAUUUCUUAGGGGCGAUACAAGAUUGAUGGACAGCUCUACAUUCUUGCAGCAGAGCUCUAUAGAUUGAGCGGGUGGCAGCGGGGAGCUUGGAUAUGGAUACCUGCAUUGGGGCCUGUUUACACUGGUGGUUUUUCGGCAUCUCUUAGGGACGAGGCUUGAGGUUUCAGAGGGGAUGCUGCAUUGCUGGUGCAGGAUUCGCGGUUGAUAUGCGUGCUGCCGAGCGCUGCUCGAGGACGCUGCUGCUCAUACUACCCUAGUUCUACUUCUACGGCACUCCUCUUCACAAGCCUCUAUCCACAAUGUCAGUCUGUGUUUGAAUGCUCGC